CACACACACACACACACACACACACUGUUCACCAGGCAGUGAUUAUUGUGCGGAUGCGCGAUCUGGUAGCUGUUUGUGGACGUCGCUCGGAGUUAACAGCCGUAAAAUGGUCCAAAGAGACGAAAUAUUAAAACCCAUAUGGCACGCGUUCAGCGCACUGGAUGUGGACCGGAGAGGAAAAGUGUCAAAGUCUCAGCUGAAGGUUCUGUCAUACAACCUGUACACAGUGCUGAAGAUUCCACAUCAAACCUCGGAGCUGGAGGAACAUUUCAAGGACAACGAUGAGGGUCCGGUGUCCACCCAAGGCUACAUGCCCUAUCUCAACACCUUCAUCCUUGACAGGAUCCAGGGCAGGUUUGAUUUCAUGGAGCUGAAUAAAAUGUGCUGGACACUAUGUGCACCUAAGAACAUCACCACCAGCCGUUUGCUCAUCUCUGAUGGCGAUGCUUUGAAAGUCUGGUGUAUUUUCAACUUCCUGUCUGAAGACCAAUAUCCUCUUGUGAUUGUAACAGAAGAGAUCGAGUAUUUCCUGCGGAAGCUGAUGGAGGCCGUGAGUGGGAACUGGAACGAGGGCCAUUUUGCGGACUAUAAGGCCCAGCUAAGUUUGAAGCAGAAUUGUCUGAGCGCGUGGGAGUUGAUCGAGCUGGUGGGUAUGGGCACCUUCACCAAGGGCAUGGACCGCCAGACCACCAGCAUGGGCAUCUCUGAAGUCUUCCAGGAGCUCAUUCUGGAUGUCCUCAAACAGGGUUACAUGUCAAAAAAAGGCCACAAAAGAAAAAACUGGACAGAGCGCUGGUUCGAGCUGCAUCUCAAUUCAAUCUCGUACUACGUGAGCGAAGACUGUGCUGAGAAGAAAGGCUCCAUUUCACUUGACCGACACUGCUGUGUGGAGACUUUACCAGAUAAAGAAGGAAAAAGAAACCUCUUUAUUCUCAAAUGUCCAGACAAAAGCCUCGAGAUCAGCGCCUCGGACAAAAAGAAACGGCAAGAAUGGAUCCAGGCCAUUCAGGACUGCAUUAACCGGCUGAGGCAGGGCCUGUCUGCACCCCACCGUGAGGCUCGACAGCAUCGCCGGGAACUGCGCAGCCGUCUGCAGACAAACCAAGCGUUACUGGAAGGACAGAUGAAGGAGCUACAGCUGGCAAAUGAGAAGAAGCAGAGAGAGCUAGAAGCCAUGAGGAAGAAUCUGGACGAGGCAGCAGCGAGGGCUUUGAUGGAGGAGCAAAGACGAAUUCGAACUCAAAUGGAGCUACAGAACCACUACAGAAUGGACCUGGAGAAAGAAAAAAUGGUGCGGCAGCAGAUGGAAGAGCAGGUGGAUCAGAUGUCCGUCGAGCUCAAGUUGUACCUGCAGCGUGUCCAGGAGCUAGAGGACAUGUAUCGUCGUCUGGAGGAGGCGCUAGAGGACGAGAGACAGAUGAGACAAGACGAGGAGAAUCUACGCAAACUACAGGGCAGGUUGCUGGAUGAGGAGGUGAAGAAGCGUGCUGAGCUGGAGCAGAUUCACCUGCAGCAGAAUCAAGCCAUCAGUCAGACGAAGCAGGAGAAAGAGCAGCUGGAGCAGCAGAAAUCAGAGCAGGACCGAAUCCUGCAGGUGGCAAUGCAGCAACUGGAGAGUCUCGAACAGCAGAGACAGGGGGCGCUAGAGGAGUACGAGGCUGUGAAAAGGAAACUUGAGCAGGCGACGAACAAAACGAAGAGCUGGAAGGAUAAAGUGGCACAGCAUGAAGGGUUAAUUCGCCUCAUCCAGCCAGGGAAUAAAGGUCCUCAGAAAAUGACUAACUGGGGUGCGGCCGCGUUUACGGACAAAGAACUGGAAAUGAGAGAGAAGAUUUGGCAAGAAAAAAAGAACAAACCAGACAGUGCUGUAUAAUCUAUAUUACAUCAUUUUUAAUGCACAUGUACAAAUGCCUCUAGAACGGAUUUGUACGUUCCUGAGAUGGUUGUGCUUUUUUCUUUUCUUUUUUUCUUGUAAUUCUGUUUUUUUUUUUUUUUUUAAUUUAAUUUAAUUUCCAUUAUAAUAAUUUUACAUUGUAAUUCUUUUUUUUAUUAUUUUAUUUAAUUUCCAUUAUAAUAAAUUUACAUUACAAGUACAAACAAAAAAACAAAACAAAAAGCUCCAAGGAAAAGGGAACACCACAAUCUCACAUUUGUAUAUCAAACAGGACGACGCCAUAACAGACCGUAGUAGGGAUAGAAAAAACAUAGAGAAUAAAGAAGAGAACAAAGAAAUGAUGAUACAUUAUGAACGUUACGUAGCUCUGGUGAACCUUAUGAUAUAACAGAGUGAAGAUGAGGUUCCAGAUAGAUCAGGUAUGGAGUCACGAAUCCAAUUAAGAAAUAGGAAAGAAUAUUAUAUCAUUUCUUAUUAGCAGAUAAAACAAUACGUUCAUGAGAUAUACAGUAGCACCAAUGAGACUGGGUCAAAAUCCAACUUCAUAUUAAUGAUCUUUUCUAUUACCCCAGCACAAAAAAACCAAUACCGUUUGGCUGCAGUGCCUCAGUCUGUCACAUAAUGUGUUAGAUGAACUACUUUAAUUUUACAUUUUAAACACUGGUGACCGAGAGGAAUUAAAAAAUGCCUUCAGUUAGGAGAAAUAUGGGGUCUGUGUAUGACUGUAAAUUGUAUUUCUCUUGUCCGUGUACAUACAGAUAUUUUCUUAGCAUAAGACCAAAGGUCAUCUUGUGUCUCCUCAUCAAUAUCAUUAGUUAACUCUUUUUUUUUUUCCCCAUUUAGUUCUAAUUCUUUGUGUGUCAGCGAAAGAGACUGAACACAGUACAACACACUGAACCAUAAAAUCAACUCAAAGACAUUUUUCCUGAUGAUAAAAACAAUUCCUAAAAAGUGUGAGGAAAUGAAUGUUGAUUUAACUUCAUAAAUGAAAUGAAUCUUCUGUUUAUAAACACAUCACCAAGCCUAUAAGUCCUAAAUUACACCACUGUUUAAAACCAUCAUCCUAAGGUCCUGGGAUAAAGUCAGGAUUGUUUAAUAUUGGGGUAAAAAAUAGAAGUCAGAAGUCAUUUAGAUCUAACUUCAAGCCUACAGACCGAUCACCAGACUUUCAGAAUAUUAACUAUAAUCGGAUUUUUAAAAAAAAGCUCUUAAAAAAAAAAAAAGAAGAGCUCUUAAAGGUUGUGAAAAAGAAGAUUCAAUGUUUAGACAUUAGUGUAAAGUACAGGAAGAAUCAUUCCUGACUCAUUCUGCACUGUAUCUCAGGUGAUAACUUCUCUGAUACUGUUUAAUAAUCAGAAAAUCCAACCCUCCCUCAGAACUUGUCAGAUAAAGUACUGACAUUUUUACCCUAGUUUUACAUUUACUCCAUAUAAAGGAACUCAACCAGCUAUCCGGGCCAAUUAAUGUCCUAUUUAAUAGUCUGGGUAAAAGUGCUCUCUGAACUAGCCAUGACACCGACAUGGAGCUCCACCACUCUAAGUGUAAACAUACUAAGCAAUGUGUCUAUAAACAGCUCUUAAAACUUCUUGAGGAACUCGCUGCAUAACUAAGCUAGAUGUGAUGACUUACCAUGCUUUAGAGCAUUAACAGCAUGACUAACCUCCUGUCUAGUAACAAGGCCAUAGAGAUUCCUUUUGUGUAACUGAAAGUGUUGGGAAAAAGUCAGCCAUUUGUUUGUCACCUGUUAACUCAGAAGAAUAUAGAUUUAUAUAAAAACUCUCUAAAUAAAUUAUUAAUAUUCUUAUCAUGGAAAAUGUUAUCAUCUGUGCCAACAAUAAUAUCAAUAAACUGAGAUACUGCA